CUGUGAACAGUAGCAGCCUCGCAGACUGACUCCUCACGCACACUCACACGGAUUUACAGCCAGGCCGGGACCGCCCGACCUCACCACUUUCAGGAGCUCCAGCCUGCGGGUUUAGCUUCAGAAAAUGGACCUCCAAGUAACAAGUGUUCUACUUCUCCUCGUGGCUUUGGUCGGGGCAACACCUGAUAGAUACUACCAUGUGAAGAAACAGCCCUAUCCAACAAAGAGCCAUGCUGUUGCAGGUACACCUGGCAUCCCAGGUUCACCUGGUGAUCCUGGCCCCCAAGGUCCACCUGGCCCCCCAGGCCCCCCGGGAGCAAGUGGAAUGGGACACCCAGGACCAGCGGGGCCACCCGGACCACCCGGACCUUCUGGUUAUUCUUCACCUGGAAAGCCUGGAAACCCAGGUGCUCCUGGAAAACCAGGUGCUAAUGGAAUGCCAGGAGAUAGAGGAAUUCCCGGAGCUGCAGGGCCACAAGGAGCAAGAGGAGCACCAGGAUCUCCAGGCAGCCCAGGUCCUGCCGGCUUCUCUGCUCCUGGAAAGCCAGGACCACAUGGACUUCCAGGUGCAAUGGGGCCCAGAGGAGAGCCCGGACAGAAAGGACUCCCAGGUAUUCCUGGCGCACACGGCCUUAAAGGAGAGCCAGGUCACGGUAUCCCAGGAAGUCCUGGUGGCCCUGGUCCAAUGGGUCCUGUGGGCCAGCCCGGUCAGCCUGGUCAACCAGGAAUCGGAAAGCCCGGUGCAACUGGAUUCCCUGGGGAGCCUGGAAAGCCAGGUAUGCCAGGUAGAGAUGGGUCUCCAGGUCCCGUGGGUCAGCCUGGGCUGAAAGGGCACACAGGAGCUCCAGGCAUCGGUGCACCUGGUAAGCCAGGUCAGAAUGGAUCCCCAGGUAUGCCCGGUCCAGUAGGAGCCAAAGGUCCUCAGGGUCCAGCUGGACAGCCCGGAGCUCCUGGUCUGCCAGGUAUUGGUAAGACAGGAGCACCAGGAAUGCCAGGAGAUAGAGGUGCACCUGGUUCUUCAGGAACAACAGGACAGAAGGGAGAGCCAGGCCCAACAGGUUUUACAGGUCAGCCAGGUGCUAUUGGACCUGUCGGUCAAGCUGGUCCUCAGGGUGCUAGGGGAUUCCAGGGUGAGGCAGGUCCAGCAGGGCCUAAAGGUGAUCCUGGUAUGGUUGGGGCACCUGGUCCAAGAGGGUCAAAGGGAGAGCAAGGAGCACAAGGCUACUCAGGAAAGCCAGGAAUCCCAGGGGCAGCAGGCCCACCAGGUGCUACUGGUCCACUGGGACACCCGGGUCCUAAGGGUGAGGCAGGUUUUACAGGUGCACCUGGUAUCCCAGGAGCAAGUGGCCCUCCAGGUAUUAAGGGGCACCCAGGGCCACAAGGUAUGCCAGGUGCCAGGGGAGAAAAUGGUAUCCCUGGAGCAAGAGGACAAAAUGGGCCAGUGGGGCCUUCUGGACCCCAAGGUCCAAAAGGUCAUCCCGGUCUUCCAGGUCCUCCCGGCCCUGCAGGGCUCACAGCCAAAGGAAUUAGUGGCCCACAGGGUCCUCCAGGAAUACCUGGUGCCAGAGGUCAUGAUGGUCUCCCAGGCCCUGCUGGACCUCCUGGUCCCCCUGGUCCACCAGGUGAGAUUGUUUACCAUCACGAGAAGAGCAUGCCCAUUAAAUCUCACGAGUAUGAGAUCAUGCCUCUCAGCCACGAGCUGGUGAAGGCCCCAGUGUCAGCCUUUACGGCUCUACUGACCAGCGCAUACCCUAGUGCAGGUGCUCCAAUUGUCUUUAGCCAGACUGUAUACAAUGGAGAGAACCACUAUGAUCCUCAGUCAGGUGUGUUUACUUGCCAGAUUCCAGGACUCUACUACUUUGCCUUCCACAUGCAUGUCAAUGGCGCUAACGCAUUGGUGGCACUUUACAAAAACAGCGAGCCAGUUCUGUUUUCCUACGAUGAGUACAACAAAGGUUUCCUGGAUCAGUUGUCUGGCAGUGCUGUCCUUUUGCUACACGCUGGCGAUAGGGUGUUCGUUCAGGUUCCAGAUGAGCAGUCCAAUGGCAUCUACGCUGAUGACAAUGUCCACUGUUCUUUCUCUGGAUUCUUGAUUGCCUCAACGUGAUCAAGACGCUACAUAAAACCUCAAACGUUUUAAGUAAACUUGAUGUUUCUCUAAAAAAGCCCCCCACAGCCAUAAGGCAUUUGCAAUUAAGGGAAAAGGAACUACUUAAUAAACUUAGUGUGUAAGUAGAUUGAGAUUGAGUCUGGGUAACAACCAAUUGUACAUUCAGUGAAAGAAGAAAAACACUGAAACCACUGACCACGGUAGAAAGACUAGAACACAUCCCUAAGAACACAUUUUUAAUUCUCUGUCUAAAAUAAAAAAAAAAAAAACAACAUUAUGUGUUUGUCUACAAACCGAGCUGGUGCUAAUUCAUACUAUAAAGUGGUGCUCUUCUAUGGCCUGUAAAUUAUGCUGAGAUGAUCUGUUUAUUAAGUAUGUUUGAUGGAGCUCCACUACUGAAGCUCUGUAUCACUUUACCAAAACAAAUAAGGCUUUUCAUUUGAAGUUUCUGUUUCUGGAACACUAAACUGUAUGUGUAUAAAAAAAAAAGAUAUGGAUGAAAAACUGGAUACAUUUAUUAUGCAACUCUGUUACUGCACAAGGUGUCUCAUGCUAUGCACAUCAUUGUGAUCAACACAAAUAAAAGUUUUAGUGCCA